GCAUUUAUGAAGGAAAAGUGAACGGAAUGUGUGGUAGGGAAAGUAUGUCCGGUCGGUGCAGCAAAACAGAAGGUGCACCGUAGCCUCGCCCCGCAAACAGCAGCAACUGGUUGGUUGAAGUCCGAGACGGUCCGGGACAGACUGCAUCAUCUAGUUGGCUUUGAGUUUAGGACACUUGGAUUUUUCCUGAAAUUUCCAAUCAGCACAGAUCUCGAUGUGCAAUCAUCAGCAUCAUGCAGUGGUACUACAAGCUUCAAGCCCGCCGUCCCCACCUGGUGCUGGCAGGCGUCGCAUCGUUCUCUAUAACUUGUAUCGUCGUCGCCCUGUGCACUCGCAAGCUGCCCAACUUCGAUGAUCCUACUUUAGGUUUCGAGGCACGCGGAACCUCGAUCGGCAAACGGUGGACCGCGUGGCGCAAUCUUCUGGAGGAAACUUCGUCCUCCGGGCGAUUGGUUGCCAAUCCCAAGGAGUUAACGCUUGGCACCGUUACCAGCACAAAGCAGUGGAACCGCGCCGGUGGAACGUCGUACGGUCGGAAAGCGGAAAAAGCAGGAAAAUUUAAAAAGAAAGAUCCUUCCGGCGAAGGAAGAAAAAAAGGCUCUUCAAAAGGUCAGAAUACCAGCAACAAGAGCACACGCCGGACCGAGGAGACAAUUGCCCACAACCACACAGAAUCGAUUGCCAGCACCGGCAUUGGCGAAAUUAUUAGCUUCCAGGAGUACGACAAUGACACAGAGGAGACACAUAGGGGCCGACCAGAGGUGUGGGAAUAUGGCCACAAUCGAACGUAUUAUGCCGAAGAGGUCAGCAAGAAGAUGAUAGCAGGAAAGCGAGAUAAUUGGAAUUCCCUGCGAAAGUUGAGACCUCCUCCCGAACCCAUUGAAAUGCACAUUCCUUCCGAUGGGUUUUUCUGCGAAUCGCCUAACAAAGAGUAUGCCCACCUGGUGGUCCAGCGUAUUAAUUACAAUCUAAACGAGACGCUGUUCGAAUUGAACGCUUUUCUGGCGCUGUGUGAGCUUGAGCAACGUAUCGUUGGUGUCCAGCAUUACGAGGACAUUUGCCAGCGUGAGCUGGCGUCCGGAGAUAGUUGCUGUAGGCCAUGGUCCAUCGUAAAUUACGUUACCUUUCUCUCCAACAAAUCCUCCUGCUUCGAGCUGAACGAGGAAGACGUUGCCAUGGUAAAAACGCUACUGUUCGAUUGCUUUCCGUAUUAUCGCAGCAUGAAGUUGAGCAACGACUGCUUACGGUUUAGCUGUACGGCACCCAGCGAAUGUCAGCAACACAACGCCGUGUACAACAUUCUGCACUAUCUGGCAAGCUCGGAUUUCAUUCGACAAAACGAAUCGGCUGAAUUUUUAAAUGCCACCAUGAUUUUCCUGCCAGUCGCAAGGAGCACGAAGUCAAUGGAGUUUUACCACAGCAUCAGCCAGGUCAAUCUAGCUAACGAUCUGGUGUCGGUUGUUGCUAUGGAUCUUGGCCUCAAAAAUGCUCUGUUUGAUGAAUGUUUACUGCGCGACGGCUGGUUGAUCGGGCUGGGAGGUAUCUUUAUAGUGCUUUGCAUGUGGAUCUACACCAGUUCGUUGUUUGUCACGAUCAUGACCGUGACGGCGGUUGCUUUUUCCCUCGGCAUAGCGUACUUCGUAUACUCGGUCAUAUUUGAGCUCACAUUCUUUCCCUUUAUGAACCUGCUAGCGGUGAUUGUCGUUGUCGGUAUUGGGGCAGAUGAUGCUUUUAUCUUUUUGAAAAUUUGGAAGUGCACUAUUGCCGAUCGGAUGAAGAAGGCGGCGAAUGGUAACGGUAUCGUCAUACCGGUGGUACCGCCAACGACGCUUACAUCGCGAUCCAUCGGAGACGUCGGUGACAUUCCCGAUACGCUAGUAGACAUUAUGGGUAGCACACUGCGCCAUGCUGCUCUAUCGAUGCUCGUAACCUCGGCAACGACGGCGGCAGCCUUCUACGCCUCGUAUGUUAGCUCCAUUACGGCCGUAAGAUGUUUCGGCAUCUUUUCUGGCACGGCUGUAAUGGCGAAUUAUUUGCUGAUGGUAACCUGGCUGCCGGCUGCCGUUUCGAUUGCGGAACGCAUUUCUUGCUUCUUGCUGCUCAAACCAAUCACACGAGUAACAACGGCUCACCGUUGUAGCUUAGCGCCACCAUUCGUAGCAUUCGCUCGCUUCAGCCGGCAUGUGGAAGACACCAUCAUUGGGUUGGUGGUGAACAUGCCGCUACUUUGGAUUGCUCUGUUAGGUUCGAUUGGUAUACUUAGCGGUGUAUUGGUGCUGUACUGGCCAAAGCUGCGGCUGCCAGAUUCACCCGAUUUUCAACUUUUUAUCAGCAAUCACCCAUUCGAACGGUACGAUAGUGAGUUCAAGGAUAUGUUUUGGUUCGAGAAGAUGUACACCACGACGGAAAGCUUCAAAAUACCACUCCGAUUCGUGUGGGGCGUACUACCAGUCGACCGAGGGAACUUUCUUGAUCCGGAGGCCCGUGGUAGUCUCUACUUUGACGAUACCUUUAACAUGAGCGCCCCGGAAUCGCAACGCUGGUUGCUGCAGUUCUGUCAACGCAUCAAGAACCAAACCUUCUACCAGACAAGCUACGGAUUGCUGUUGCCAAACUGUUUUAUUUUUAACUUUAUCAACUUUAUGGCCCGGCGCUGUAACGAUUCGAUGGGCGAGAUUGAUCGCACCCCGUGCUGCGAAGUGUCACCGUUUCCCUUCACAUCGGACGUCUUUGAUCAGUGCCUACCGGAUUCGAUAUCUUCGCUGUACGAAACACCGAGGGAAUUUUUCAUUCCGGGCGUAGCAGGACCGAAAUUCGCACGAAGCUCUUUUGUAAUCGACAAUGCUAAGGAGCAGCAGACACGAGAAGCGACAGGGAAGACCGACAAGAUGGUGAAAGCCGUCGUGAUCGAGUAUGAAAGCACGCAAAUCUUUAGCAUGUCCUACACGGAGAUCGAUUCAUUUGUGCGCACCGUGGAGGCCUGGCUGGCGGAACAGCUGCUGGACGCACCGGCUACGAUGGCAAACGCAUGGUUUAUCAGUGAGUUGGAAUUUUUCGACCUCCAGGAUACCCUGUCAACCGGUACGCUCGUAGCGAUCGCUAUGGCCAUGGCCGUCGCACUGCUCGUGCUGAUGGUCGUCACGUUGAAUGUGCUGAUAUCGCUUUACGCCAUCGUGACCGUUACCUUCACUAUACUGACGACGGUGGCCGUUCUGGUGUUGCUCGGUUGGAAGUUGAACGUGCUCGAGAGCGUUGCCGUAAGCACGGCGAUCGGGCUGGCGGUCGACUUUAGCUUGCACUACGGGGUGCACUACCGGCUAUCGUCCGAACCAGACCGCCAUUCAUCGACCCUUUUUUCCCUUCGCCGUAUGUUAGGUCCCACGGCGAUGGCAGCCAUUACGACGGGCAGUGCGGGCGCCCUGAUGCUGCCAUCGAAUGUCUUGGCUUACAUACAGAUUGGUGUGUUUCUCGUGAUCGUCAUGUCAAUCAGUUGGGUGUACGCUACGUUCUUCCUCAUGAGCUUGCUGCGAGUAGCCGGUCCACAGUACGGGUUUGGUCAGUUCCGGUAUCCGAAGCUGCUGCUUGGUGGUACUGGUAAUAUUGCACGGAGUGACGGAGCUAGCAGUAAGCUAAGCACUGAGCUCGAUGCCGAUACUCCAGGGCCUGUUCAUCGACAUCAUCAUCAACAUCAUCAACAUCAGGGUAUCGUUACGGAGCAGUUGCUCUCCAAUUCUAGCUCGGCUGCCGGUGAUCUCGUUGGUUCCGAGUCGCACGAACUGGAUUCAUUAACAUCAAACUCGCUCAUCAAACCGAACAUGCUCGACCUAGCACGACCGAUCAAUUUUGACCGAGCGUUCCGCAAACAGUAUUCCCUACCGCGAGAACAGAGUCCCUCUACGGCCAGUGCAAUUACGAUGGUACUGCCAGAUGAUGUUGACGUGCGAGUUGUAGGUACCGGUUCUAACACUGGUACAUGAGCGCAGUGAUCCUCAUUCUUUACAAUAUGGGUUUUAACAAUCACCUGACACACCGAAGCGACAGCUGGGAAGAUGUAGUGGAAGAAGAAAAAUGUUUCACACAAUAUCUAGUUCAAUGUACUUAGAGAUGGAGAGAGGAGUUGAAAUGGUAGUAUUAUGUAGUAGCAAUGUAGUAGUUGUGCACCACAUUUUGCGCACUAAAAGGAGUGGAGAAGAGACGAACCAAAAACAGGAAAUUCCAUCUUUCUCUCCUAACAUGGUCAUGCGCGGCGUAUGACUAACUUGCCAUACCCCAAAUAGUAGACUACUCCUGCGCGCCGGUGCAAUACAAUGAAGCCAAUUGACAAAUACAAUCGUAAAGCCGAGCCGUCGUUAGUCUGUUACUGUUAUCCUGCCAUGCUUUGAGUAGUCUUUCCUUGGAUGAUCCCCAUUUGUAACGGGAUUGCAUAAUCGUCCCAAUGGGUCUUUGUGGUCUCUCGUUUCGACCAUGGCAACGAGUGGAACAGGCUCACAGAGCCUAAGCGAUCUAAUUUCUCAUACUGUUGUUCCUCGAAGGGAUCGUCGGCGCGGAUUCAGCUCUGUAGGCUGUGGUUGCAAAGAAGAUGAACUCGAGAAUGCAAGUAUUUCAAUGCCAGCAAUCCGCAUAGCUGUAGAUCUCGAGCCUCGAACGAAUUCGCAGGUAACGGCUUCAAUGCGGUUCGGGACUUAUUAGUAGAGAUGCGCUACCAUACCGACCGUACAUAUGCAUGUUGUGAAAACAAUUGGUGGAACCACUUUGUGAUAUACAUAUAUAUACAUACAUAUACAUAUACAUAUAUUACAACAUAUUUGAUUAUUGUUGGAAGAAACAGGUUUUACAGUGUUAAGCUAUAUGAUAAAAAUUGAAAACGAAGGUCCUUAGGGAAAGGCUCAAAUAGAUCGUACAAAAUGGUGAAAUGGCCGUAGAGAGAUGAGAGAAAUAUUUUAAACUAGGAUUGGAAACUGUUCGCUCAUUUAUGCUAUAGGAAGCCAGGGCAAAUCAAAUAAGGUCCCAUGUUCGAUGCAGUGAAACACGGACCAGAAGCACUGGAGUGGUGGCGAUAAAAUAAGAAGAAUAAAACAUAAAACCACCAUUUACUCUUCCAUCAUCGGUUUAACGGUGUUAGCACAGACAGUAUAUUUGCCUGCCAAUAUGUAGCAGCGUUUCCACUGCCUACUGAGUUCAAAUCACAUCCGAUACUAAAACCUACAACCCAUUGCAAAAUAUGU